UACAAACCAGUACGUCUUGAAAACAAUUUUUUACGCAGACCAGUGGCACAUGGAUGGAUCUAAUUUUAACGUGAACUGUUUAUCGUAAAAAGACGUUAAGAUAUGUCGUUUUCUUAUGUUUUUCUUGCUCUAGGCAUAUUGGGUUCAGUAUGUCAUUCCCAAUCAUUGCAAUCAUAUUUAACUACAUCUCUUAAAGACAACAUAUGGCAACCACCUUUACCAGACAGACCGUUUAUUGGUGUAUGGAAUGUAGAUUCUAAUCGUUGUCUUACAAAAUAUAACGUGCCCAUUGAUUUAUCCUCAUUUGACAUAAUACAUAAUCCCAAUGAAGAAUAUGUGGGAAACCAAAUGGUGAUAUUUUAUGCCGCGUUGCUUGGUUUGUAUCCAAAGUAUGGUACAGAUGGACUGGCAGUUAAUGGGGGAAUUCCCCAAAACGGGAACAUUUCCGCACAUUACGAGAAAUGUGUUGAUGAUAUAAUGGCAAGGAUUCCUGAUUCGAAUUACAACGGAAUAGCCGUAAUAGACUGGGAAGCAUGGAGACCAAAAUGGGAGCGUAAUGGUUGGGGAAGUGGGCUUAUUUAUCAAAACAAAUCUAUUGAAAAAGUGAAAAAAGAACAUCCAAGUUGGCCACUGAAUAAAGUAAAAGCUCAAGCAAAAAUUGAGUUCGAGGAAGCAGCAAAAAGUUACAUGCUUGGUACUUUGAAUUUAGCAAGGUUGAUGAGACCAAAAGCACACUGGGGGUUGUACCUUUUUCCAGACUGCUACAAUUACGAUAAAACUGGUAAACGUAUGACUUGCACCACGAAAACUAUAAACAUGAACAAUGAUAUUCAAUGGCUGUUUGAUGCAAGUAAUGCUCUUUACCCUUCUACCUACCUGGGGCUUUGGUUUAAAAAUACAAAUGCUUCUAUGGAGUAUGUUGCCAACAGGGUAAAGGAAGCUUUACGUGUGGAUUUUGAUCGUAAAAACGACAUAAGCGCUCCAGUUUAUGUUUACAAUAAUAUAUUCUAUCGUAAAAGUUCAGAGUUUUUAACACAGAAAGACAUAAUUCAUUCCUCUGGCACUGCUGCUGUGUUAGGUGCAUCAGGUGUUGUGUUUUGGGGAGAUUCGAUCUGUAGUAAAACCAAAGAAAUGUGCGAGAACCUAAAAUACUAUGUAGAAAACAUACUGGGUCCUUAUAUAAAGUCAGCGUCAGAUAGUGCUGCCAUGUGUAGUUUAAAUACAUGUAAUGGCCAUGGUAGAUGUGUUGUGUCAAUUAAACAAAGAAAAUAUCCCCAGUCAAAAGUUGACGUCUCGUUUCUUAAAUUUAUAAGCAAUGCUAUUCCUUCUAAUAUUGAAUAUUUUGUAUCUUGUCAGUGUUACAGUGGCUUUACUGGAACUUAUUGCCAAUCUCUGAUAUAAUGCAGUGUUUUUCAUUCAUGUUGAAAUUAAAGUCAAAAUAUUGUUUCAUUUUAUAAAAUAAUUUUGCAAUUCCAGCACACUCUGUAUAUGUUAGUAUUGCAUUAACAUACAAUGUUACUUAUUCCUAUUAAACUAUUAUUUCAUUUUCAUUCAUGUUUAAGUUAAAAUAAUGUUUUAUGUACUAAAAACCAUUUUGUAAUCCAAGCACACUCCGUAUUGUCUCCAGCAUGCACUCUUAAGACUAUUGCCAAUACUUUCAACUUUCAAUAUAUAUUUUUAAUUCUUACCAUUUCAGUUAACCAUUAAACCAAAACGCCAAUUUCUGAAAAGGAUUAAUCACAUAUUUUACAUCUAAAGUAAAAAGAUUUGAUGCUGUUACAAUUGUACUAUGUUGUCUGUGUGUUCCAUUGCAUUAUCCCUAAUAUUCUAAAAAUAUUAUAAUAUAUAUAUAUAUUAUUCCAAAAAUAGUAUUUCUUGAUUUACUGUUGUGUUUUUUAAUCCCAAUUCAUUUUCUUUUUUGUUAAACAAACACAUGUUUUUCUUUAUUAAAGUUAAAGUAAUAUAUCACCAUUGUUCA